UAAACUCGUGCAAUCCUGCUGCAAAUCGAUCGACUUCUCACUUGUUUCGAGAGUGUAGUGCGUAGUACACUCUGAAAAUUGAAACGUAGGACACGACUUCGACUACGAGAAUAGAAAAUAAUUCCAAAAUCGACCGACAUGACGAAGGAUUGGGAAACGGUGGCCACGAUGGCUUGCAUGAAAGGCCUGCUGAUGCUGUUCAACUGUAUUUUAUGGGUAUUUGGCAUAUUGCUACUGUGCAUCGGAAUUUGGAUGCGAAUUCAACUUCACGAUUACAUGGACGUAAGCCCUGAGAACAGCAGGGCAGCUUUAUUGGCAUUGGCUUGUCUGGGCGGUAUUUUAACUUUGACAGCGACGCUCGCUUGCUGUUGCACAACUCGCGGCCAUCCAGCCCUCUUAUUCCUGUACGGCGCAUUCUUAGCUAUCGUUGCGUUACUGGAACUUGCGGCUGGUGCAUCGAUUUAUGCCUACCGUACCAAUUUAAAUGAAAAAUUCGACCACGAUCUCAAUCAAACAAUGUCCGUCUAUAGGCACGACGAGACCAAGACCAUCCACAUCGACACUAUGCAGUCUACAUUGCAGUGCUGCGGUAACAGAGGUUUCACAGAUUGGUCCGAUAUGUCUCCACCGAUGGAAAUUCCACUGUCUUGCUGCAAAGUGGCAGAAGAUGUGUGUAACGUUAAUGACGUAAACGAUAUUUAUACUCAGGGCUGCUACACUCGUGUGUUACGACUGAUAAACGGUAACAUCGGCUUGGUCGCUGGAAUAGCAGUCGGCGUAGCAUUCUUUCCGCUUAUAGGGGUCUUCUUAGCCUGUUGCUUAGCUAGCAACAUUAAUAAAGUCAAGUACGAGCAGGUUGCUUAGAAUUUGCGCCGGUUGCAGAAAAGCUCGUCGUGUCGGUAAGAAAAAUGCAUAACGUUCGAAAGUUGUACAAUUACAAUUUGUAACAAAUAGGCAAAUACGAAUCUCUCUUCCGUUUUUUACGACAACUGCUUUCGACACGUUCCAUCUUACGCACACCGUUUGAGCUUCUCGCUCCAAGCGCGAACAUGUAUCUUGCUAUUACUUCUUACGCUUAUAAAUACAGAUACGUUGAAAUUCUCAGCGAUUCGAACGAAAAGUUCAACGUGGAUCUGCACACUACGUAAAACGUGUUAAAGAGUUACACGUUCGAUAUUUUUCUCAGAAUUUAAUCAUACCCAUUCUUCGAAGAAACGGGCAAUUGAUAAUUUUUUACAUAUUACAAGCGUCUACAUGUUAUUAUUAUCCAUAUAUGUUGUAAAAACCUUUUAAAUAUCUUUAUUGUCAUGUUGGAUUCUCAUAAAAUUCUUAUAAGAACAUGUUAAAUAGUUACUGCGUGCUGUGCAUAGUUGCACAAGAAAGAAAACACAAUCGUAGGAGAAGACGGGAGUGAAGAAUAUCAAAUACGAUAAAAUAUGCGCGUUUGCAUGAAGAAAGAAUUCACAUUUCAUGAAAAACAGAUCCACGAUUAUCGAGGUUAAUUAAAGAAAAAGAUACGAGUUCUUCGAUGCGUCUAAUUAGCGCAAAUUUGAUUGUUUUUUUUUUAAUUAAGUCGAUGAAAGGAACAAGUCGAUAACUGCGUCAGAUUGAUGAUCCUAAUGUUUCGUUAUGCAGUUAAUCGCAUAAUAAAUUGCCCAUUCAGUCUUGCAACGAUAAGAGCGCACAGAAAAACAUACAUAAUUCUAUAAAAUAAACUGAAAUAUAAUCCGACUAGAUGGAACAGAUCUUAUUAAUUGUUUAGAUCAUUGUGUUGAAAAAUAUUCUAUCUAAUAAAGCAGAGUAGACAAUUCCAGGAAAACCUCAAAUACGCUAGCACUUUCGAACAAUGUAAUUUAAAGGUAUUUAUAUAAGGUAAAUGAAACUACAUGCAUGUAUGAAAUAUCGUGUAAGUAUAUAUCUUUUCAAGAGUAUAUUUUAUGGAUAUAUCUGCAUAAUCUAUACGCUCUUUUGUUAUCAUCGAUAGUACCCCUACUUUUCCCUAUUGUUUUAUCAUUUUGAGUAUAACUAAUGAAUUCAUUUAUCAAGUAUCUUUAACCUUUAAAUUAAGGAAAUACAAAUAUAAAAAGCAUAAACUAACGUUUGUAGCUCGGUACAGUUUAAAGUUCAGAAAUUGUCAGAAAAUAUUUCGGAAUAUAUUUCAUUCGGCGCUAAUAUUGAACACGUUUGAAGACUAGAACGCAAAGUAAUGUCCGUUUGAUAAGUACAAUUACGAUCCGAAACAUCAGUCUACCAUAAUGAUUGAUCGACGAAUACGUAUAACCAGAUAUAACUGGCGAGAGAAAAUUCCGUUAAUUACAGUAAUACGCGAAAGGCUUGAAGAUACAACUUCAAAUUCUAUUUUUAUUAUUAAACAAGACUCAUGUUUACACUAAUUUUUACCAACUUUUCUUUAGCUUUAUACGUCACAGUGUUUAUAUUUUUAAUAAAACCAAACAUACUAUUUACUACUAUCAGUUUAGCGGUACUAUUUAAUAAUAAUAUUUAGAGAUUUAACGUAAUUACUUUGUUCUGCUUGCUUAGCUUACUCGUUAGUUGCGCGUAUCAACUACGUCUAAAAUGUUACAUCGUUUGGCUAAAAUUUCAUUAUUAAUGGUUGAUGAUUUCCUAAAUAUAAAACAGGUGACGCGAUUGCCUUGUGAUGUAUGUAUGUAUGUAUGUAUGUAUGUAUGUAUGUAUGUAUGUUUGUUUGUUUGUAUGUAUGUAUAUGUGUAUGCAUGUAUACGCAUAUAUGUUGGUAUAUAUCUAUCUUAUAGCGAACAUUUACCUCAUAACGGUGCUACAUUGUGCCGCAAGACACGCGAUCAUAAUUUUACCGUAAUUCUAUCAGACGAAUUAUUACAUGUUUCACAUGGUAUCUCCUUUCGAUUACGAUGGUAUAUUAUCUUACAGCAUUAUAUUUGUUCGGGAUUUGAAGUGGCCAUCUGUUUAUGACUUGGACAGCACAUCUCCCUUUUUUGAGAAAGUCAAAUUUCGAUUUGCCUUUCCCAAAAAAGGGAGAUAUGCUGUCCGAGCCAUAAACUGACGGCUCCAAAUCCCAAACAAUAUCUUCACGUUAGAGAGGAAACAAACAAAUAACUUAUUUUUCGAUAAUUGUGAUUUUCCCAUCUUAUACAGAUAUAUAUAUAUACGCAUGUACGUGUAUACGGAUAAAAAUAUGUUU